AUGGACCUGGAAGCCCCACCCACCCUCCUGCAGCUGGCUGCACAGAGCACGGUAAAGAAGGAGGUGCUGACCAUCUCUGUUCUGGAGUACCUACCAAGGGAGCUUUUCCCAACGCUGUUCAAGGAGGCCGACACUCAGAGAAAAGCUAAGAUGAUUAAGAUCCUGGUGGAAUACUGGCCCUACCCUUGCCUUCUUGUUAGGUUGCUGAUAGAUAAACCCAACUUGGAGAUCUUCCAGGCUAUACUGGAUGGAGUUGGCACAUGGCUGAAACGAAAAUAUCGCCCCAGGAUGGGGAAGCUUGAAGUGGUUGAUUUGAGAAACGGACACCUUGACUCCUGGGAUAUGCAGGCUGGAAGAGAGGGUGGAGGAGCCCAAUCAGAAACUGUGCUUGAGAAGCAAGUAAUGGAGGGCCACUCAAAUAGGCGGCGUUUGAGGGUGUUCUGUGACCUUUCCUUUAAGUCUUCUAAGCAUGAAGAUAAACACCAAACACAUCUGUUGCGGUGGGCAAAGGACAGAGAGGAUUUCCUGCAUCUGUGCUGUAAGAAGUUAGAGAUUGGAGCAUUAGAAGUGUCCAAGGUCAAGAAGGAGUUAAAAUUUUUACAGCCAGAGUUCAUCAAGGAGUUGGAACUGAAUACAGUGGGGAAUCUGUCCAAAUUGGCAAAACUUGUACCUUGCAUCAGCAAGAUGAGAAACCUUCACAAACUCAUGCUAGUACGCAUCUUUGAAAGGACCUAUACACCCUCAGAGAAAAACGUCUCCAAGAUCAUUUCUCUGUUCCCUGAACUCAGGUAUCUCCAGAAUCUCACUAUUGGUGAUGUCUAUUUUCUUAAAGACCACAUGAAUGAGUUACUCAGGUGUCUGGUGGCUCCCUUGGUGUCCCUGACUAUCACUCUCUGCCAGAUCUCUCAGUCAGAUUUGGAGUCAUUUGCCCAGCGUUGGAACUAUGGUCAGCUUAAACAUCUGUGUUUGAAAGGUGUCUCUUUAACUGCAUUGAAUGUCACGCCUCUCAAAUGUUUCUUAGAGAGUGUUGCAAACACUCUGCAGACUCUAGAAUUAGAAGGCUGUAGGAUGAGUGACUCUCACCUCAGUAUCCUUCAGCCUGCCCUGACCCAAUGCACCCAGCUCACUAGUUUCAAUUUUUAUGACAAUAACAUCUCCAUGGAUGCUCUGAAGGACCUUCUGCGUCACACUGUCAAACUGAGCCAGCUGACCAUGGAACUGUACCCUGCUCCAGUAGAGGUCUAUAAUGAGUGGGGUUAUGUUCAGGUAGAGACAUUUUCUCAGCUUUGUGCUGAGCUCAUGGACACACUCGUGGCUGUAAGGCAGCCCAAGUCAAUCUGCUUUGGUACCUAUUCCUGUUAUGACUGUGACACACGCUGUAUCUAUGAAAAGAAUGCCACAUUUUGUGAAUGCUUGGAGUAA